AUGGGAUUGAUGUAUUUGAACAGAUCGUGGAAGCGACAGAGGGUUUCGACGACAAAUGCCUCAUCGGAAUUGGAGGUCUAUGAGUACAUGGAAAGGGGAAGCUUGGCUAGCAUCCUAAGCAAUGACAGAGGAGCUGUAGAGUUGGACUGGACUCUAAGGGUGAAUGUUAUUAAAGGUGUGGCCCAUGCAUUAUCUUACAUGCACCAUGAUUGCACCCAACCAAUUGUCCAUCGAGACCUAUCAAGCAACAACAUUCUGCUGAAUUCGGAACUUGAGGCCUGUGUCUCUGACUUUGGCGCUGCAAGAUUGUUGAUACCUGAUUCGUCCAAUUGGACUACGCUUGCCGGCACUUACGGAUACAUCGCUCCAGAGCUUGCAUAUACAAUGAGGGUAACUGAAAAAUGCGACGUAUAUAGCUUUGGCAUUGUGGCACUUGAAGCGAUGAUGGGGAGGCAUCCUGGGGAGCUCAUCUCCUCUCUGACACCACCAAGUAGACAAGAUACACUGCUAAAGUAUAUGUUGGACCAACGUCUCCCAGACCCCAUAGCUGUGGUUGCACACGAAGUCAUAUUUGUGGUGUCCAUGGCACUUUCAUGCAUUCGGCCGGAUCCAAACUCUCGGCCAACCAUGCACCACGUGGCUCAAGAGUUGUCUAUUGGUGGGUCUUCCUUUUCUCUAGGGCCAUUCCACACACUUACAUUACAUCAACUCAUGGAUCUUAAGGUAUAG